AUGCAUGCCCCCAAGGAUAUUCCAGAUAUGAAUAUUAAUUCAACAAAUGGUGCAAUUGAACAGUCAGAGAAAGGAAAGCCGAUCCAGGCUGCUUCAGAGCCGUCCCAAGCCGGGCUUUUGCAGUUGGUGAUCUGCGUGACUGGCAUCUAUGCAUCAUUUCUUUCAUGGGGAGUGCUUCAAGAGGCAAUCACCACCACGUACUAUCCUGUGCAUCCACCAACUUCCGCGGUUCCAAACCCCCAAACCGAACGAUUUACUUUCUCACUCGUUUUGAAUACUAUCCAAUCCUUUUUCGCGGUCAUCACGGGCUCCAUGUACCUCUAUUUCUCAACUCCUCGCGGGUCGAGCACACCGUCCAUAUUCCCGACCAGUCGGAUUCUCAUUCCUUUGGUACUUGUCAGCUUAUCGACCUCUCUCGCCUCUCCUUUCGGAUAUGCCAGUCUCGCGCACAUCGACUAUGUCACCUUUACAUUGGCAAAGUCCUGCAAGUUAUUGCCUGUCAUGUUUCUUCACCUGACUAUUUUCCAAAAACGUUACCCUCUAUAUAAGUACGGUGUUAUUCUCCUCCUUACUAUUGGAGUGGCGACCUUUACUCUACAUCAUCCCGGCACGGCGAAGAAAAGUAGUGGAUCUAAGGGACCAAAUGCAUCGUCUCUGUUCGGUCUCUUCCUUCUCUUCAUUAAUCUUCUUCUGGAUGGCCUUACAAACACAACACAAGAUCAUAUUUUUACGUCCCCAAAGCUUUACGGCAAAUUCAGCGGGCCUCAGAUGAUGGUUGCUCAGAAUUUCAUAUCCACCAUUCUCACGAGUGCUUAUCUUGUUAUCAUGCCUCACCUCUCAACGUCUAUUCUGCCACUGUUACCUCUACCUAUCCCUCCAUCUCAAACAUCUGAACUCUCAUCUGCCAUAGCAUUUCUCUCCCGCCACCCGCAAGCUACUAAAGAUGUCGUUGCCUUCGCUGCCUGUGGUGCAAUUGGCCAGCUGUUCAUUUUCUAUACAUUAGCUCACUUCUCUUCCCUCCUUCUGGUCACGGUAACGCUGACCAGGAAAAUGUUAACCAUGCUUCUCAGUGUUGUAUGGUUUGGUCAUCAAUUGAGUGGAGGCCAGUGGGUGGGUGUUGGUUUGGUAUUUGGCGGAAUUGGAGCCGAGGCCUGGGUUCAGAGGAAGGAAAAAGAGAAGAAGCUCCGUGAGAAGGCUAAAGAGGGAAAAUCCCUUUAG